AUGAAUGUCGAUAACAAACUAUUACCAAAAUCACACAAGAUAUUUCGUUUCGGCUCUGGUCAUGUAUUGACGCUGACUGGAGAGCAAAUCAACAAAAUACCUUAUCUAACUGCAUUUGUCUCUUCUGGUGAUUUCUUUGAAGCUGCACGUGAUGAUCAGGGAUAUUUCAUCAUUCAUCCAAAUAUUGACAUCAAGCAGUUUCGUUUCAUUUUGGAUUGGUUUCCAUUCCAUUCCACACGAGAUAUUUUUAUUCGUCUACCUAAAGACUAUGAUGCAGUGUCAACCAUUGUUCUCAUGGAUUAUCUUGGUCUCCUCAAUGAUUCAGAACCAUCUUUGGAUGAAGUGGAUUCAUCUUUUUUCGAUAUUAACGUCUACAAUCCUCUAACUAAUUCAUAUACCGAAAUAAUUCGACCAUCACAAAUGAACGACAUGGCUGUUCGAUUUGCUAUUGCUCUCAUUAGAGAAGCGUAUGAUGUGACUGAUAACAAAGUGCACGAUCAAAUCUAUUGGUAUGUGAUGUUCAUCAUAAGUGCUCAUGGAUUAUUUGAUCGGAUUAUUCGGCAUCAUGUGUACAAGGUGGCUGAGCACUAUUUUAGUUUAUUCAAGCCAUGCUUGAUCAAACGUUUGAAUAGACUUCGAAGUAUUCAAAAGGAAUAUGUACAAAUGAAUCGAUUAAAAUCGAAUGAUCUAUUUCUCGAUUCGAAGCAGGCAGAAGAGACAAACUUAACCGCACUGAUUGACACUCAUAUUCCCAACAAGUUAUAUUAUUCUCCUUCUUUCUUAUGGCUCACGUGUGGUUUCAGUUUCUAUCGUCUUUUCGAUGACGAAGACAAUGAUCUUUUCCCCCCAGAACGAGGAAUUACAGAACGGAAACUUCUGGAACCAUUGUACAAAGCUUUACUGGAAAUUAUCUAUGAUCGACUGCAAAAUCAAAUAUGCCAUUGUGUGCGACAUGAUGUGCGUGAAGCUCCUUUUUCUUCCCAAUCAUUGGAUAAGUCUGAGGAUGGCAGUCUGCAAUUUUCACUGUUUUCUGAUCGGUUUGAGUAUUUUGGUUCAUUUGAGAGACGAGAGGCCAGAAAAGAACGACGCAUUGCUCGCAAAAUUAUAACACAACAAAUGAUUUGGGAGUUGCUUGCAAAUGAAGUGUCAAAACAAGAAAUACAACAUCUGAUCAUGGACGGCUUAUCUCACGUGAAGCCAAAAUUAGAAAAGGAGUAUCACCAAUUAAUUCAUGAGAUACAGGAAUUUCUAGCGGAGCCGAGGACAGAGAAUACGAUUAAUCACUGGCGCCCUUGGUCUUUGCUGUCACUGUCUUCUUUUACAUUCGAGAGAAAGCCGACAGCAGUAUUAACAUACGAGCUGUUAUUAGAGAAAUUCAAUCAACCAUCAAGCUUUGUUGCAGAAAUAUGUGAACAUUUGGUUACAAAGUUGAAUGAAACGGUAGAGAAUCAAGUCACCAAAUGGAUUCAAAACGUAUAUGCGGCAUAUGAACUUGGUCGAAGUAUUUCAGGAUACAUUCCCAAACCUACUGAGUCUCCACUCUACAAGACAUUGCGACGAGAUCAUCGAAAGCCCGUACACAAACCAACACCUGCAAUACAACCAAAAUUUUGUCGAAAUUCCUUUCAUUAAAUUUGUCCAAAACGGUGAAUAUAUUUUUGAUAUAGAAUAAACUUGUACUGAUGAGUGCGACUGUGAGUUUUUAAUUUUAUCCCCAUUCGCCUACAUUCAGACCCGAUUUAUUUCUUCAAUAUUAUGAGAUAUUUUUUUUAUAAAUAUUCUAGAAUGUCUAUUUAUUAUUCUCAUUCUUUAAUGUAUUCUACGACAAAGCUGGUUUUAGCUAAUUAUACAUAACUUAUCACAUUGGGUUCGAAAUAAAAAAAAACAGAUUUGAUUACUGGAAAAACAGUUGAAAACAUUUCAAACUAGUGGAUUUUACAAUGCUUAUUCGAAUUACAUAAAAGAUUAUAGUACCCAAAAAGAAAAUUGAAAAUGUCAUGCAUAUCCAAUUUGUUUUAUAGCUUGAUAUGCUCGUAUGGAUAGGUAUCUGCUGUUUGUGAAUGAAAAAUGACCUAGUCUUCUUUAGAAGAAACAAAAAGUAUUGCAUUCUAUUUUUAAUUACUAUAAUUAAUUAUUGAGUAGAAGAAAAUGGAAAUUUUUAUUUUUUGAAAUUGAAGAUAAAUGACAUCAAUGAUAUUAGAUGAACUAUAAACACUUAGAGGAAAAUAUUUUCAACAAUAUCAUUUAUCAUUAUGGAACAUUUUUGAAUGAUAACUUCAUAAAAAGACGUAAAGAAAUAUUUUGUAAUUAACCAAAUAUUUUCCACCUCUUUCUAACAUUCAUAUAAUACACGUUUAGAAUUUAUUUUGAUUUUAUUUUUCUAGUUUUUAACUACACAAAAUUAAAUAGAUAUAGAGGAAAUAAGUUACUGUUUAACAUUUAUCCUAUUCAGCUAAAAAUCUUAUAAAAAAAAGCUUAUCAUCAAUAAAAAUAUUUGAAUGUUUAGAUCACAUUUAUUUUGUUCAUUCUUUGCCAUUAUAUUUUAUACAAAUAAUGUUAAAAAUGACUCAUAAUGUAUGUCCAAGAUUCAUAUUUUUAUGAUCACAUAGAAAAAAUUUGACAAUGUACAUCCUAAUAGAUUCUUCAAUAAUAUUCAUUGUUAAUAAUGAUAUCGAUUUAGCAUAGAUCAUUUUAGAUAGAUUGUUUAAAUAAGAGUGGAUGUGUCGGUAUAGGAAGAGAAUAAUCCUACUCCCACUGAAAAGCUUUCUUAAUAAAAAGUACCUAUUCAGACAUAUUAAAAACUUUCUUCUUAAUAAUCUAUCGAAAAAACAUAAUAAACUGAUAUAGAUAAAUCAUGAAUAUUCGAGAGUUUUUUCAAUUUUUAUAUUGAAAUAAAAGAAAAACUAGCAAUAUGAAUGUUUACUCUCAUUUCUCCUACACUGAUAUUUAUUUAUGUAUCUUUUAAUCUUUUAAAAUUUAUGUAAAAAUAGUUCAAUUUUGAAUUUCUUUCCGUUUAUAUAAAUUAUUAUUCUAUAAUUUCGUUUGAUCACAUUUUAAGUUAGGCAAAUUUCCACAUGCAUAAUGACAUCAACAAAAAAGUUCUUUUCCUAUUGAUAUGUGCAUCAGAAUAACUAUGUUCAUAGGAUGUAGAAUGUUGCUAUAUGAAGAAGAUAUUUAGAAUUUUGACUUUGAUCUUUUAGAAGUAAUAAACAUCCGGAUAAUAUAUAUGAAUUAACUGCGAUAUAGAAGAUAUAAUUAGAUUUUUUUUAAUGCAAAAGCAAUAAAAAAGACCAUUGUUGUGAUAUACGCUUCAUGUUUUUUCACAAACAUAAAAUUUUAUUCCACGAAUAAGGAAAAAGUUGUCCAUAACUUUGAUUUGAUUAUAAUUUUGCUAGAUUUCCUCCUAUGAGUGCAAUCAUGAAAGAUAAGAAAAAUCAACAAAGAAAUACAGAUAAACAUAUAUUUUUUAUGUUUGUUAUCAUAAUUAAUUUUCUUUCAUAGACGUCUGUAAAGUGGGUGACAAUCCUAAGAUAACAAGUAUAACGAAAAAAGUAACGAAUAAAAAUAGUCCUUAUAUUCCUUUCGACAUGAUUACAUCUCAUAAAGAGCUUUUUUCAACGUGCUAUCUCUAGAUUUCUAUCAAGAUGACAAGUUUGAAUGAAUAAGAAUUAUUUAUUACCUUACAUAGAUUUCAUUUUGCUAUGGUUCUUGACACACGCUCACAUACUGUCACAAAUAUCUAAGAGUAUAGGUAUGAACUUUUAGUAAUAAAGAAGAGGAAACACAUUCCUCACGUUUUAUUUGAGUAACUUUAAUGUACAGAAUUGAUGCUGGCACCGUGUUUUAGAAAUUCUCAUACUUGUUUAAUCUUCAUAUCGAAUACAGAUUGAUGGAAAAAAGAAUUGUCGAAUCAUAUGGAGUUAUAAUACUUUGUAUGGCUAAUAUGCACAGUCAAUCAUUUCUGGUAUCCUUUAUUGAUCAUAUCUUGAAAAGAAGGUGUGGGUAUAUAUGUGACUAUAGUACUGGUAUCCAUUCACACAUCUUAUUCGUCAUAUUUAUAAUCAGAUAAUUAAUUCAGAAGAAUGAUAUCUAUCUAUAUAAAGAAGAAUGUUUGUCUGUUUGUCUGUUUGUUCGUUAUGCAUUUCCACACCAUACGAGCAAAUACAACCAAACUUUCCAGGAAUCUUCCUCACAUCCACGAGAAGGUCAAUGUCUACUUUUUUUUAAAAACAGUUGAUCCUUCGCCUGGAAAAAGCCUCCCUAUGUUGCUAACCAAUCAGAUUGCAGUAUUCAGUACUAUAGAACUACUACUGACCACCAC